GUGCCCUCGCGGGAUUACAAUGAUCGUAUUGUAUUCACAUCAGCAAUCGUAUUUAUGACUUCCAAUAACACCGGUCGGAAAUACGGUGUCUGAUUCUAUCUGACGUAAUUGCGUUCUACACCAACAAUGGACGAAGUAGUCUCGAACUCCGCUCCUACUUUAAGGGUUCCAGCGAAACAAAUUAUUGCCGUUGAGCAUCCCAUGAUUGUACAAAAUCUUGAUAAUGGCAUCAAGACUUUUGGAAGGAAUCAUCCGUUUGAAAGGAUUGUUGACUCUCGUGACGCCCAAGAUAUCAUACCUCUCUAUUUACGCCAUGAUGAUCCUAUGUGCACCCCAAUCCUGUCACAAAAUAGUCCAACGAACAACGUUCUAUUGAAGAUUACUGUGCCAAAGCGCAUUGGAAGGAAGCGCAAGAGAGGCUCUCAAGAUCCACAUCAUGAUGGGUGGAUUCCACUGGAAGACGAUGUCCCAACGUCUGCGACUUCUGAGAUUGUACACUCCUAUUCGGGGAAGGACAAGCCUGCCAGUUUGCUACGAAAACUGCAGGAUACGCAAGGGAAGUACACUGUCGAAGUAGCAGGAGAAGUCACGCAGAGUCACAGAUAUCGAGGUCUCUCUGAUUUCCAUCAUUCGACAAGUCAGACAGAGUUUAUGCCCAAAUUUCGCAACAUAGCUUUCGCAGAGAAUGUGGAUACACUUCGAGAAUUCAAGUUCAACCCCAGCAGAGGAGUCAAGGAAAAUGAAGAAUUCUUUCCCCCUCCUAUCCUAUCAUCGCACCAAAUACCAUUCAACUGGGGAUUUCAUCAAAAUUCGAAUAUCUCCGCACAAGUCGACCAAGCUACAGGACAGGUGAGACUUGUUAACAAACAAGGUGGCAGGAAAGUCCAAUUGCAAUACCUGAGCUCUGACGCUACUUCCAUACCCAUGCACGCGCAUGCGCCUCCUCCCGACGAACCAGAACUUUUGAAGUUGAUUGGGGAACUUCGACAAGCUAUAGAUGAACGUCCUCUUUGGACUCGCAGAGCCUUGGUAAACCGCGUCGGCACCUCCAAAGAACUGUGGACAUUCAGAGAUGCUCUCCAAUAUAUUGGCUAUCAGUUCAGAGGUGGCCCUUUUCGUGAUGCUCUCAUCAAAUUUGGUGUUGACCCUCGGACUGACCCAAAAUAUCGCCAAUACCAGAGCUUCUUUUUCAAGCUCUUUGAACAGGAAGAGAAAAUCGAAGGCAUGCAGUGGAAAGACGUCCGCACAAGUUAUACAGUCAACAAGAAAGGUGCCACGAAGGAAUACAGAGAGAGUCACAUUUUUGAUGGCAAAACAGUCAUUUUGGAUGGCAAAAUCUGGCAAGUGUGCGAUGUCACAGAUCCGGUGCUAGCUCGACUCAUGAGAGAUGCGCCGUACCGAGAAAAAUGCGAAACUUCCAGUGAUGGCUGGUUUUAUGAAGGCACCGUGGCGAAGAUCAGAGCGAUCAUGAAGACCAAGUUGAUGGCUGUUUGUUGCAAGAAAGAGCUGAUCGACGAGGAGUUCGACGACGCUCUUCGCGUUCCCGAUAUACUCCCUGGAAAGAAGAGUAAAUCAAUUCUUGUUCCUCUUCCAAAAGUUGGCCUUACAGAAGAAGAAUUAGCAGAGAUGAGAAAGCAAGGUUCGACCAAGGCCGUUCAGACAAGUGGUGUUCACAAAAAGGCAGUUCGAGGCAAGGCCCGGAUUGCGAGGAUUCGCAAGAGAGUCACCAAGGCACCUGGAAACGACAUCAUCCAUGGAAACAUUCAAAUAGCCAGUCAGCCAGAGCGAGCAAUCCUACCAAAACCUAGCACAGCUCCAGUUGGACCGUCUGGACCAGUUACUCAACCAGCCAUCGAACCCGCCGCGUGGAAUAUCCCAGCGCCUGUCAUCGACCCAAAUCUCGAAAACUUGCCUGCGUCAGAUCGACCGCUUGCAUCAAUUGAAGGUGAAGCUGUGGGUGGACAGUCGCGAAUGCCUGCUGCAGGUACCCUUACCGUCCACGAGGAGGAGGAAGGUCCCAACGGUUCUGAUAAUGUGGAGACUGACAUCGAGCAAGAUGAGAUACCCGAUGGCGUGGAGAGUGAAAUUGAUAGUGACGAGACGGAUGAGGUCGAUUAUACGGCGCUGUAUUAUAAUCAGGGUACGAGCGGGCAAUAGUGGACGACCUCGAUGUCAGCGUACGAGCAAUUCUCUGUCUUGUCAUCGGGCAGAUUACAUCUUAAUUCGGAAGAUGUCACCUUGUUGUUACUGUACAAAUGAUGCCAUGAGUCCUUUGUCGUCAUGAAUUUUUGGAUACUUCACUCGAGAAGAUUGCG